AUGAAUGACAAAAUUUUGGAAAAGAAAGCCCCUAUAGAGGUGAAUAAUCCAAAAGCCAGAGUUGAAGAUGAAACUUUCUUGUUUUCCAUGAGGCUUCGGGUUGGAGGCAGGCCUUCAGGGUCAGCAGUCAUAAUAUCUGGGGAUGGAACAGCAACAGUCUCACAUAACUAUAGGAACUCUACUCGACUAUAUCAAUUUGAUCUUCCCUAUGAUGCUGGAAAAGUGCUAGAUGCUUCAGUUCUUCCUUGUGCAGAUGAUUAUGAAGAAGGAGCAUGGGUUGUGUUAACAGAAAAAGCUGGAAUAUGGGCGAUACCUGAGAAGGCUGUUAUACUUGGUGGAGUUGAACCACCUGAACGGAGUAAUGUUGCCCCCAGAAGGGCUAGUUCUGAAGCAUGGGAUAAUGGAGAGAGACAAAGGUCAGGUUUGAGUGGGAUCACACGUCGAACUGUGCAAGAUGAAGAAUCAGAAGCUCUUCUGAGUCAUCUUUUCAAUGAAUUUUUAUCAUCUGGGGAAGUUGACAGAUCAUUUGAAAAGCUAGAAAGUUCAGGUUCAUUUGAAAGGGAUGGGGAAACAAAUGUUUUUGUGAGGAUGAGACAAGCUUUGCAAACUGUCUUGGAGCAUGGUGAAAAAUUAGCUGCAAUGAUUCAGCUGAGGGAAUUGCAGAAUCUAAUUAGCCAGAAUCGCUCAACUAGUGUUGGCUCCACAAAUUCUAGUUUGCAAAUUCAGAUGUCAGGUGCCCUUUGGGAUGUGAUACAAAUAGUUGGUGAGAGAGCCCGCAGGAAUACAGUACUUCUGAUGGAUAGAGAUAAUGCUGAAGUGUUUUACAGUAAGGUUUCUGAGCUGGAAGAUUUCUUUUACUGCUUAGAUGGAGAGUUAGAAUGUGUUAUAAGCCCUGAACAGCCUUCUGGGAUCCUGAUCCAGAGGUUAUGUGAACUCUCAAAUGCAUGUGUCACUAUAAUUAAGACGUGCUUUAACUAUAAGAAUGAGAAUCGUUUAUGGUAUCCACCUCCUGAGGGUUUAGCACCUUGGUAUUGUCAACCUGUGGUACGCAAGGGGGUGUGGAGUGUUGCUUCUGUUUUGCUUCAGUUGUUAAAUGAAAUAUCUGGACUUGAUAUGUAUGCGAAAUUAGAUUUGUAUAAUCAUCUUCAAGCACUAGCUGAAGUGCUGCUUGAGGCAUAUGCUGGAGCUGUCACAGCUAAAAUUGAGCGAAGUGAAGAGCACAAAAGUCUGCUCAAUGAGUACUGGGAGAGGCGGGACAUGCUUCUUGUUUCUCUUUAUCAACAAGUCAAAGACUAUGAAGCUAGCCACAAGGUUUCAAUUGAAGGAAAUAAAAAUCAGAGUGAGGAAGCUGUUUUGAAGAUUACUUCACAUUUGCUAUCAAUUGCUAAAAGGCAUGGGUGCUACAAAAUUAUGUGGCAAAUAUGCUGUGACAUGAAUAAUUCAGAAUUACUGAGAAAUAUUAUGCAAGAAAGCUUAGGACCUAAUGGAGGAUUUAGUUACUAUGUCUUUAAACAACUGCACGAAAGCAGACAAUUUUGUGAACUUUUAAGACUAGGGGAAGAGUUUCCAGAUGAGUUGACUAUUUUUCUGAAGGAACAUCCUGAUCUUCUUUGGCUUCAUGAGUUGUUCCUUCAUCAGUUUUCCUUGGCAUCAGAAACUCUACAUGAAUUGGCUCUCACUCAAAGCAAGAAGUGUACCUCAGUUGCUGAAGAGAAAGAGCUGGAAUAUGUUAAUUCAAAACUAAAAUUAGCUGAGAGAAAGCAUCUUUUAUAUCUUUCUAAGAUUGCUGCUGUUGCAGCUGGUGAGGAUACUGAUUCCCAAGCGAAGGUUGACCGGAUAGAGGCUGAUUUGAAGAUUCUAAAGUUACAGGAGGAAAUAAUGAAACUUCUUACUCCCAUAGAAGAUAAGCAACUUGAUGAGCAACAACUACUUCAUCCAGAAGACUUGAUUAAAUUAUGCCUGGAAGGUGAAGGGCAAGAGCUCUCAUUGUGGGCCUUCGAUGUGUUUGCGUGGACCAGUUCCUCUUUUCGUAAAACCCAUAGAAAGCUUUUGGAGGAAUGCUGGAAGAAGGCGGCGAGUCAGGAUGAUUGGAGCAAGUUUUUCGAGUCAUCCAUAGUUGAGGGAUGGAGCGACGAAAGAAACCCUGCAGAAUUUGAGCAACACAGCACUUUUCCAGGCUUCAAGACGGUGCUACGGACCCGAAGCAGUAACAUUCGAAGAGGGCUUUGA